AUGUCUGGUGUCGACGACAUCGAAGGCGCGCGCAGGUCGCACAAGUCGCCAUACACCGCUCGCAAUCCCAUACCGACUGUCCAGAGAUACCGCGAGGAGAAGCAGCGACGGCAGGACGACUACGGGCACCCGAACGCAGACGAAGACUAUGCAGACGAGCGAAGCAGGCGCGAGCGCAUCGGCGACGCAUACGACGCCUUCACAUACGGUACCGACGCACACAUUGAGGGUGACCAGCCCUACAAUGCAGAGAACAAGAACCUAGAGCGAGAGAGGGAACUGGCGCCAGAUCAUGCAGGCCGUACUGUGACAGCGAAUAGCAGGCAGCUGCCGCAAGAUGCAGAUUCCGAGCAGGGAGCUGAAGACACCACAGAGGGCGUGUUGACAGAGCAGAACCCUAAGAAGGCGCGCAAGCACAUGAAGAAGUUCAGUGCAGAUGGCACAGAACGAGAAGUCACGGAUCCAGUGACGCAUCUGCCAGUCGUUAUCCACGAUUUCACCGACAAGGAUCUGAAAAGCACCGCAGAGAACGAUCCGCCAGUAGGGAUAGAGCCAAAGACCAGGACUGGCACUGGCGGUAUCGAGAAGACAGACGACAUGCUCAAGGAAGAUCAACGGGACUCCCAGAACUCGCACAAAGCCAUGCAGAUUCUGUUCCCACCGCCCGAAUUUGAUAACACACGGCAGGAAAUUACAACAGUCUACAGAAGGGCCGUCGAAGUUGGGCUGGGGCUUAUUGCUGCUGGACUGCUUGGUGUACGGGCCCUGUUCUGGUUCACGCGCAACUCCUCAGGCUGGGUCAAACAAUUCUUCCACCUGAUCGAGCUCACCCUGUCUGCUAGUAUUGCGGUAGGCACCAUCCUCUUCAUGAGGCAAUGGACAGAUAACAAGAUCAAGAAUGUCUGGGACGUCGAGGUCUGGAAUGCAGAACGUCAAAAGGGCAAGCAGCUUGCUAAGACCGAGUUCGCCGAAAGCACACAGUGGCUCAACUCGCUGAUGGCUUCAAUCUGGCCCUUGAUCAACCCUGAUCUGUUCGCCAGUAUCUCGGAUACACUUGAAGACGUAAUGCAAGCAUCCUUACCGAGCAUGGUGCGCAUGGUUGCAGUCGAAGAUCUUGGACAGGGCAGUGAAGCCAUUCGUCUGCUCGGUGUAAGGUGGCUGCCAACGGGCGCAGCUGCAAGGUCCGUAGAUGCCGAUGGCAAGCUGCAGAGCGCCGACGAAGAGAAAGGAGACAGGACUGUCGCCGACAACGGCGAAAGCGGAGGGGACGAGCCUUCAGACAGUAUGGAAGCCGAAGAAGGCGAUUUCGUCAACAUGGAAAUAGCGUUCGCAUACCGCCCGAAAGGUGGACACGGCGUCAAGUCAAGGGCGAACCAUGCUCAUCUUUAUCUUGCCUUCUACCUGCCUGGCAAGAUCAAGCUCCCUAUCUGGGUUGAGCUUUCUGGUAUCGUAGGCGUUGUCCGCGUCCGAUUACAGCUUUGCCCUGAUCCACCCUUCUUCUCCGUCUGCACCAUGUCCUUCCUCGGCCAGCCGAAGGUCAAUCUCUCCUGUGUGCCUCUCAUCAAGAGCGGUCCCAAUCUGAUGGAUGUUCCACUCAUCUCAGGUUUCGUCCAGUCCUCCAUGGAUGCAGCGCUCGCCGAAUAUGUAGCACCGAAAUCGCUCACGCUCAAUCUGAAGGACAUGAUGAUGGGCGAUGACUUCAAGAAGGAUACAGUCGCACAAGGCAUACUUGUAGUACGAGUACAUCAUGCAUUCGACUUCAAGGAGGGUGAUGCAGGGCUAGGUCCUCUCAAGAAGGGUUCCGCGGACCCCUACGUCACAGUUGGUUGGGCCAAGUUUGGCAAGCCAGUGUGGUCCACUCGUGUCCUACAGAAGAACAUGGAGCCGUACUGGAACGAGGAGUGCUACGUUCUGGUCACUCCAGACGAGCUAAACGUCGACGAGCGCUUAAGACUGCAGCUUUGGGAUUCCGACCGGACGACUGCUGACGAUGACCUCGGUCGCAUCGAGCUAGACCUAAAACAGAUUAUGAAGGGUCCCGAGACAAACGGUAAGAUGCAAGACCGUGAGGAUGGCUUUAGGGCUCUCAAGGCAGGCGAAGGCAUGCCUGGCAAGCUUUCCUGGAGCGUUGGCUACUACUCCAAGACUAGAAUCACGGACGACCAGCUUAAAACGCAGCAAGAAGACCCUGACAUCAACACUAUUGAUCAGCUCAAGAAGGAAUCGUACGCGGAAGCAGAGAAAAAACUGCGUGAGGCCAGCGUAGAUCAUAGACCUGAAGUUGAGCAGCAGAAGAAGGAAGAAUUCCAGGCGCGCCAAGACCAGCUCAUCAUUGCAUCGCCACCGGCAGGAGACUACCCAUCCGGCAUCCUCAGUGUGCAGAUCCACCAAAUCACAGGACUGGAACUGGAGAUACUGAACAAGAAACGGGGCGAUAAGAAUGCCGCAGCCUCUGAUGAAGAGGAAGAGGGAGACCGCCUGCCUUCAUCGUACUGUACCAUCAUCCUCAACCACAAGAAGGUAUUCAAGACCCGCACCAAGCCAAAGAACUCGAAGCCGUUCUUCAACGCUGGAUGUGAGCGCUUCAUCCGGGAUGUUCGCAACACAGAAGUUCACAUUGCAGUCCGAGACGCUCGUGUACACGAAGACGAUGCACUGCUUGGCAUUGUCUACCUACCUCUGGAGAAGGUAUUGAAGGAGCGUAGUCAAGUCAAUGGUAUCUACCCGCUGGCUGGUGGUGUAGGCUACGGGCGGGCUCGCAUCUCUACGGUCUUCCGCAGCUUGCAGGUCCAAUUGCCACGAGAGAUGCUGGGCUGGGAAUACGGCACCUUAGACAUCAAGCCAGUCGUCAAGGCUAUCGAUGUGCCGUUGGAUCUGGUGCCUCUAAGAUUGAAGAUCACCACCAGCCUCGGUAAGGGCAAACUUCAUUCAAGAGGACGUAAUGGUAAGGUCAAGCAGCACGAAGAAGGCGGAACCAUGUGGACUUCACGGCGAGACAAACCCAUCCGCCUGCCGGUGAAGGCCCGUUAUGCAUCACCACUUGUUGUCGAGUUCCGGCAAGACGCCACUUUGCGCGAUCACAGCCCGGCUUUCUGCAUCCUGUGGCUCAAAGACAUAGUUGACAACGAAGAGCAAACCAUCUGCCUCGAUGUCUGGAAGGGUGAUCUCAACCGUGCCAAGCACAACGUGCUCGACAGCUACGGCGAGAAACUAGGCCAAAUCGAGAUGACACUAACCUUCUGGUCCGGCCUCUCAGGCUACCACGAAGACUACGCCAAUGGCAAUAAGCAUCUCCUCAAUGUUAUGGAGGUUCUCGAGGUCUGCAACAACCAGGAGUACUCCGACUGGGACGAGACCAACGACUCUGGCGCUCCCAACAUCCAAAGCUCAAACAGCGACUCCGACUCCUCGUCCUCAUCAUCGGAGUCCGAGGAUGAUGAUAAACCUACAAUGGAGAAGAUCGCUCCAAAUUUCCUGCAGAAGCACAAGAAGACAGAUAGCAAGCUCAGCGAUGAUGGGAAGAGAGGUACUCUCGACCAGAUCAGGGACUACAAAGAGCACAACAAGCAAUUGCACCGCAAGAAUCGCGGCUUGAUGCAAUGGAAGGGCCCAAGAACGCUGGCAUGGAUGAAGCACACGGCAGAUCGCGGGAAGAACAAGGUCAAAGAGAUGGUGCAUCAUAAAGAGAGGGGUGAAGGUGGAGGUAUUGAGACUGAGGCUUGA